AAUAGAUUUUGCUCCUUGAACCAAGGAAAUCUUGUCAACCCAUCCCCAGGAACGGUGAUCGACUCAGGGGUCACCAAACCAGACUUGUACGACUUCUUCCUUGUCAGUCAGUCUGUACGCCAGGGUACGGUCACUCCAACCAGUUACAAUGUGAUCUGGGACAACUCAGGUCUGGCACCAGACAGCAUGCAAAGCCUGACCUACAAGCUCACCCAUCUCUACUUCAAUUGGCCGGGAACCAUUCGUGUACCAGCCCCCUGCCUCUAUGCUUACAAGCUGUCUUUCCUUGUUGGCCAAAGCCUGCACAAAGAGCCCCGGAUUGAGUUGGCUGACCGGCUGUUCUUCCUAUAGGCAGUAAAACCAGGGGUAAUACGCAAACAAUUGCUUAUAUAUGUUUAAUACCAACGUUGGCAGCUUUUGCACAAGUGGGACUGACUGUUUUCUGCCGACAUCAGCGAAUGUUAACAACAAAGGCAAAUGGUCUUCCUGUGUCAUAUUAUCAGAAAUUAAAUUUCAUGCUGUAACGCUAAAGCUCCAUGUUGAAAGAUGUCAUCACUAUUUUUCUCUUAGAAAAAUUUUGGAUAUUAGCAAAAACAAAUGACUAUGGAAAGAUUCAAAUUAUUGUAAAUGGGGCACAAAAAAAUUAAUAAAUAUCUCUUUCAGUUUGUCAUCAGGUGCAAAAAACAUGAAAUGCUCAUGAGGAGGUUUUUGAGGUCACAAGAAGUUGGGUCAAUCCAUGGGUCGGAUGGUCACCAUCUCAGAUUUUUGAAACAUAUUUUUGCAUAAGAUCCAAUUGUUGCGAUCUUUCAUAAGAUCCAAUUGUUGCGAUCUUCCAAUUGUUUGCUUUUUUAUAAGUUAAAAAGAAAAGUUUAUCAAGAAUUUUUUGUAGACUUAAAUUGUAGAAUUGUGAACUUGCACAAAAUGAAGGCUUGUAGAUGAAAUGUGAAAUUUUUAAAUGUGAUUUAUUUUAAGU